AUGGCUCUGCGAAUCUCACCAACUGAUAAGGCCAGCUGUGAUGAGAGGGAGUUCUGGGCUAGUGUGUGGGACAUUAUUAACUGCAAAAAAUACGUUACUGCAGACUAUACGUCAGUCGACCUAUCUCCUGGUCGGAUCCGCACUCAGUAUGAUACUAGCCGUGAGGUCGAAACAGUUCCACACCCAACUGGGGCAGGUUUCUCAUUCAUCCAUGCUCACUUCGAUUGGGAACAAUGUAAAUGUUGCACUCCAAUUCAACACAGUUGA